AUACGUUUAGUUCAUGGUUGUAAUCUAAGCGAAGGCCGAUUGGAGAUCUUUUAUCAAAAUCGAUGGGGAACCAUUUGUGAUGAUAAAUUCGAUAUAGUAGCUGCUCAUAUCGCUUGCAGACAAUUAGGAUAUAGUCAGGCUGAACGUUUCAAAUGCUGUGGCUAUUUUGGUCAGGGCAAUGGAAGAAUUUGGAUGGACAAUCUAGUCUGUCAUGGCAAUGAAUCCUCUCUUCAUGAGUGUUCUCAUAAUGGCUGGUCUAUACACAAUUGUAACCAUCAAGAAGAUGUUGGCAUAAUAUGUAUUAAGAUCCAAUUACGACUACAAAAUGGGAAGACACAUUAUGAAGGACGUUUAGAAAUAUUAAAUAACGGAGAGUGGGGAACUGUUUGUAGCGAUUAUUUUGAUGAAUUGGCUGCUAAUGUGGCAUGCAGGCAACUCGGCUACGUUGGGGCUUUGGACUACGCUUGUUGCGCAAGAUUUGGUUUGGGUGGAGGACCGAUAUGGCUUGAUGAUAUACGCUGUAACGGAUCGGAAAGAUCAUUAAUCGAAUGCUCUAUGAGACCGUUUAGCUGUUCAGAUUGUGAUCAUUUUCAAGAUGUAGGAUUAAUAUGCAAAAAAAUUCGAUUAGUCGGCAGCAAUGACACACAAACUGGUCGCCUUGAAAUCUACGCUAAUAAUCAAUGGGGAACAGUUUGUGAUGAUCUCUUUCAAGUUGAUGAAGCUGGUGUAGCAUGCCGUGAAUUAGGUUACGCUAAUGCUAAAGCUGUACAUUCAGCUUCUGAAUUUGGAUCAGGUACAGGUCCAAUUUGGCUUGAUAAUGUGUUCUGUCAGGGAAAUGAAACUUCCUUGCUGGAUUGUUCAUAUAAAGCGCUGGGUAGACAUGAUUGUAGCCAUAGCGAAGACGUGGGAAUCAGUUGCUUUGCUGUAAAUCCUGAUAUUCGCUUGGCUAAUGGUGGAAGCUUCUACGGACGUAUAGAAAUCAAAUACAACAAUGUUUGGGGAACGUUAUGUGAUAAUCAUUUUGAUAUUCGAGAUGCCAAAGUGAUUUGUCGACAGCUUGGAUUUAUGGAAGCCCACCGAAUUCAAUCAUAUGGCCCAGGAACUGGGCCUAUUUAUAUAGAUGAACUUAAUUGCAGAGGCUACGAAUCAAAUAUAUUCCAAUGCUCACAUAAUGGGUUUGAAAAGCACAACUGUUAUCAUCGGCAGGAUGUUGGAGUUGAAUGUUUGCCAUGUAUGUAA